UUCCUUUAACAAGAUGGCGGCAGGAAGCAGUGGCGGUAGCGGUCAGCUUCGCUCGAAAAGCGAGGCCGAUUCCGGUUUCUUGGGGCUGAGGCCCACUUCGGUGGACCCAGCGUUAAGGCGGAGGCGGCGAGGCCCCAGAAAUAGGAAGCGAGGCUGGCGACGGCUCGCCCAGGAGCCGCUGGGGCUUGAAGUUGAUCAGUUCCUAGAGGAUGUGCGGCUGCAGGAACGCACGAGUGGUGGCUUGGUGUCAGAGGCCCCGGAUGAGAAACUCUUCUUCGUGGACACCGGCUCCAAGGAGAGAGAGCUGAACAAAAAGAGAACCAGAGACCAGAAGAGGCCACUGCUUCUGAAGAAACCCCUCCGGGUCGACCUCGUUUUGGAGAACACGUCCAAGGUGCCAGCCCCCAAAGACAUCCUCGCCCACCAGGCCCCCAAUGCCAAGAAGCUCAAGCGCAAGGAGCAGCUAUGGGAGAGGCUGGUGAAGCAGGGCGAGCUGCCCCGAGACGUGCGCAGGGCGCAGGCGCGGCUCCUCAACCCUCCCGUGGCCAGAGCCAAGCCCAGGCCGCAGGGCGCCGUGGAGCAGCCCUUCUACGAUCUCUGGGCCAAGGAUAACCCUCUGGAGCGGCCACUGGCUGGCCAGGACACGUUUUUCCUGGAGCAGACCAAGAAGAAGGGCGUGAAGCGGCCACCGCGUCUCUACACUAAGCCGUCCCGGGUGCCUGCCGUGGAGGUGACACCUGCCGGAGCCUCCUACAACCCAACCUUCGAGGACCACCAGACCCUGCUCUGGGAAGCCCAUGAAGUCGAGCUGCAGCGGCAGAGGGAAGCAGAGAAGCUGGAGCGGCAGCUGGCCCUGCCCCCUGCCGAGCAGGUGGCCACCCAGGAGUCGACGUUCAAGGAGAUGUGCCAGGGGCUGCUGGAGGAGUCCGACGGGGAGGGGGAGCCGGGUGAGGGCCAAGACGGGGGCCCUGAGGCGGCCGGAGAUGACACAGAUGGAGAUGCCCAGGCCUCAGCCACGCCUGCUCUCCUGACCGCUGUGGAGAAGAAGACGGAGCAGCAGCGGCGGCGGGAAAAGGCCGCCCGGAUGCUGCGAGCCCAGCAGGCCUCGGUGCGGGCCGCCCGGCUGCGGCACCAGGAGCUCUUCAGGCUGCGCGGGAUCAAGGCCCAGGUGGCGCAGCGGCUGGCGGAGCUGGCGCGGCGGCGGGAGCAACGGCGGGCAAAGCGGCUGGCAGAGGCCGACAAGCCCCGCAGGCUGGGGCGGCUCAAGUACCAGGCCCCCGACAUCGACGUGCAGCUCAGCUCCGAGUUGUCCGACUCGCUGCGGACCCUGAAGCCUGAGGGCAACAUCCUCCGAGACCGGUUCAAGAGCUUCCAGAAGAGGAACAUGAUUGAGCCGCGGGAGAGAGCCAAGUUCAAGCGCAAGUACAAAGUGAAGCUUGUGGAGAAGCGGGCGUUCCGGGAGAUCCAGUUGUAGCUGACGCCGGAUGCCAGAGCCCUCACCUUUCAAUAAAGCACCUUCUGACCACCA